AUGGUCGACUUUGAAGUUCCACGGAUGAAGAAGUUGAAGAACAAGUCCACUUCAAUGAUGAUGCCUGUUUUUGACCUGCGAAAAAUGGUGAAGCUCUCACAUCCACCGGUCCGGUGCCGGAUGUUUUUGGAAGGAAGCAAGGAAUUGGAAGCGACAGUCAUUAGGCAUCGUCGAGUCUCGUCCUCCUCUCCUCGUCUUCUUCUUCUUCUUCUUGUUCGCCUCACUUUUGUCUUCUCGAUCUCCGCUCCUCUUCGACACCUGUUCCGUUUUCGUCUCCCUUUCCAUUUCGUCUAUUUUCAAGCUUCUCGCCCAAACUUCCGGUGUUCUUAUCUGGCGCCUCUUUUUUAUUGGGCUGAUUCGGCAUUUUUCGCACUUGAGAAUGUCAACAUGCGCUUGAGAUUGUUCUUGAGUGGAGUUAACAAAUAAGCUUUUGAUAUUAUUGAGAAUGGAGUUCAGUCUGAAACUAAGAGACUUUUGGAUUGUGAAGAUGUCAAACAGGCUCCAGGAAUGUCUCGGAGACCUGGAGACUGUAGUGAUUUUUUCGAGCAGUUAUUUGGAAGCUUCAUGUCUCACAGUUCCUAUAAGAACGUCUUGGAAAUUGUACCUUACUCAGAUGCUAUGUUAAAAAUCAAAGAUAGGUUCUGAAGCCGUGCCUUAGACUCCAGAAAUGUCUAAAAGACCUGUCCGCAUUUGAUGAUGGAAUAAGCAGUGAGUCCGAAUCUACCUAGGAACGGCUUGAAGAUGUUAACUUGAAAGCUUUGCCGAAAUGGAAAUUUCCGAAGAUCCACGUUCCAGACCCAGAUAACAUCCUACCAAAAACCUCACUCGAUGUCGUGGCCGAAAAUCGAAUCGCCCUACAGAUUGUGGGACUGGACUUUCCCUUGCAAGAGGAGAAUCUCGCGAAUGGCAUCAAGAAGCCGUUCGUCGGGGGCUUCUGUGUUUUGCAGCGGGCCCCCACCGGAACUCUCAGCAGCGCGUCUCUCUUUCUGGCUGUUUUCUCGCCUCGUCGCCUGUUUCCGCAGCAGCAGUCGCUCGACCGGUCUUGA